AUGGCGCCAAAUAGGAUUCUCAAGCACUUCAAUCGGACUCUCGCGGUCGCGUUCACCGUAGUCGCCAUCUCGACCUUCAACUAUGGCUUCGACAACGCGGGCUACUCCACGACACAGGCAAUGGACGCCUUCCAGAAGCAAUUUGGCGACCAGGAUCCGGCCACCGGAAAGUGGAAGAUUCCUCCUACUUGGUUAUCGUUGUUCAACAGUCUCAACUACAUCGGGUUCGCCGCUGGCGUCAUCAUCGGCAGUCUCGUCAGUGCCCGUUGGGGUCGUCGCUGGUGCAUGUUUGGCAUGAGUGCCUGGGCAGUAAUUCCGGCAACGAUCGCUUUGACUUCAUCCACCAGAGAGCAAAUCAUGGCCGCACGUAUUCUCAACUUUUACCAAUCAGAAAUCGUGCCAUCCGAGAUUCGAGGAUUCGCUGUUGGAUCCUACCAGUUUAGUCUUAUGUUCGGGACUCUGAUCGUCAACUCUGUCUGCAGGGGCACCAGCACACUGGAUGGAAACGCGUCUUGGAGGAUCCCAAUGGGACUCUUCUACGUCAUUCCAGUCAUAGUGAUGUGCCUCAUCUUUUUCAUCCCUGAGGUAAUUCCCAGAUCUUCAACUGUAGGGUGUACAAAGACUAACCUUUUGGAAAAGUCGCCGCGAUGGCUCUUGACCCAGGACAGAGUUGAAGAAGCACACGCAUCGCUCAAGAAACUCCGAGUCGGUACGAUCACGGACGCCGAAAUCGACGAACAGUUUGCCGCCUUACAGUACGCUCUAAAACAGGAGGUUGAACAAGGGAAAUACUGGGAGUUGUUCAAAGGCGUCAACUUGAAGAGGACUGCCGUAGUCAUGGUCAUGAACUUCUUCCAACAAGCUACUGGUCAGGCGUUCGCAUCGACGUAUGGAGCAAUCGUCAUCAAGGAUAUCGGAACCGUCAAUCCUUUCACUAUGACCAUUGUCAACGCAAUUGUCAAUCUGGUCAUGGUGUUCAUUGGUCUUUACCUAACUGAUCGCGUGGGAAGACGGUAUGUGUUGUCACUCUCCUCGAAAUCUUGGUGGACAAACGUUGACGAGCAUGAUUAUAGCCCUCUCCUUCUGAUCGGUGCUGUCUUGCAAUUUGCAGCCAUCGUGACCAUGGGCUCCCUCGGCACAGUUUCGCAUCCAUCAUUUGCCAUCAAGACAGGCAUUGUGGCGAUGCUGACCGUCUUCGCGGCGUCCUAUGUCUUGGCAUGGGCACCCCUCAACUAUGUCGUGUCAACCGAGAUACCUGCCCUGCGCCUCCGCGACGCCUCCCAGCGGACAGCCUCGAUGGUCAAUGUCUUGGCCAACUUCCUCGUCAACUUCAGCAUUCCCCACCUACUGUACACUCCAGGCGCCGGACUAGGCUCCAAGGUCGGAUUCAUCUUUGCAGGCAUCCUUGUCCUUGCGUUUGUCUUUACAUGGUUCUGCAUCCCGGAGUGCAAGGGCAAGUCACUCGAGCAGAUUGACCGGAUGUUCAACGAGGGCGUCCCGCUGCGCAAGUUUGGCAAGUACAAGCCGGAGGACAUGUACCAGGCGUCUACGGAGGAUGGGGAGAAAGCUGGCGUGAUCGUCACGGCGCGGCACGAGGAGAAGGCGUGA